UGCCGCCCCACACUUUCAACCUUUCCGUAUGAAUAUCCCCCGAAUCACCUUCCACUACAUGAAUUUAGCUCAUUCGACUUUCGCCGGCCUCCAUCUUGUUAUCAGGAAGAUUAUGAACUUGCAUGCGGUUGCGCUCAUAUCUGAUCCUGUGAGAGAGGCCAUCUAGAUGUCGACUGCCGAUCCUUAUCCGUCGACGCAACGUGUAGCUCCACGGAAAAGACAUCGGGUCUCUCGUGCUUGCGACCGCUGCAAGAAAAGGAAAAUACGCUGCUCAGGCAAUCAGCCAUGCGAAGUCUGCAUUCGGGAUGAAACUAGCUGCAUCUAUGCUGCUCCACAUAACCGCGGAAGGAGACUGCUCACACCUAUAGCGAAUAAUUCUUCAUUAUCAGCAUUGUCAAGCAACACCCAACAUAGUCUGGUGACCACAACGCCGACAGGUAUUCCAAUAAGGAACAGCCAAGAGCAGCAACUGCGGCUCGCCUUAAACGGCGAUUCUGGCUUGCCUGGCACUAUCACCACAGAGACGUCAACUCGUGUCUCCCCAGAACCCAUAACAGAUCUGCAAGGCCAUUAUGUUGGGCCAGCGGCAGGUGUGUCUUUUCUGGCUAGGGUCCGAAAGCGACUUCACUACGGCGACUUCACGUCAUCUACUUUUACGUUUGCUGACGCUCCAUUGCCCGAGUGUGAAUCGACACCCCCUGUAAUGAUAACUAUGGAUCGAGCCUCGCAGCUGUUGGAGAAAUUCUUUGAAUUCACAGUGCCAAUUGAUCGGCUAUUCCAUCGACCUACUAUCGAACAGUGGUUUCGGGAGUUCUAUGAUACCCUUGGGUCUAUGGAUACCCCUGAGAAUGCCCCAGCAAGACGCGGUACUAUCUGGAUCAUAUUUGCUAUGGCGCAAGAGCAUAUGCCAGUUGGCCACAACGAUCUAGUGGAAGAUAAAGCCAUUCGUUACUUUCUUGCAGCAGACUAUCAGCUGUCGAAAGAACGAGGUGUAGUAAAUCUCGUGGGCGUUAGAGCUCGCCUAUAUCAAUGCUUCUGGUUGUUAUCCAGAUCCCGAAUCAACCAUUGCUGGAGCUUGUUUGGGACCACAGCCCGCCUAGCACUUCAGCUUGGGCUUCAUCGAAAGGAGGGACACCAUCCGGCAGAUGGUCACGGUCUUAUUGACCAUGACCUAUCUCGAAGAACCUUCUGGUCCGCCUACUGCCUGGACAUUCAUCUCAGCCUCACUUUAGGACGGCCAAGGAUAUUUCAUGACGAGGAUAUCGACCAAGAAAUGCCACACGGUAUCGAUGAUAAUGAAUUUUCAAUUGAUCCGCCGUCGCCAUCUGGUACAAUUAGCUAUUCCGUAAACCUAGCUGCCGUGUCCUACUAUAAACUCCAUCGUAUUCUGGGUAAGGUCCUUCGCGAUAUUUAUUCUAUUCAGCCUGUCUCUGCCACAGAACAGUGCAUCAGAUCACACAAAUACCUUCAAGAAAUAAGAGAGUGGAGGUCGAUAGCCCCAGGCUUUCUACAGUUGGACAGCAAAGAUGUACCGCCUUUGAUUCCAAUUUUCCAACGUCAGCGCGAGGUAUUGAAAUUCACAUAUUGGCACGCAGUAAUUGUGACGUGCCGUCCACUUCUUCUGCAAAGUUUUACACAUAGGCAGCAGAAACCCGAUAACACCAGAUCAAUCCCGCGAAUACAUGAGGGCGUUAAGGAAUGUCUGCAUGCUGCCAUGCUCGUAGUCGAUAGUGUUAUUCAGAUGUUUGAGUCUGGCAGAAUGUUUCGGUCAUUUUGGGCCACUUGCUAUUACGGAUUUUCUGCCGCGGCCAUCCUCUAUGUCUAUACUAUUCAGCAAGCGUUAUCAUCACCAGAAACGUACCGGGUAUAUUUAGACGCCGCAACCCGAUUUCAGGGGAAGUUGUCGACAUUGUUCGAUGACAACUCGCUAGUUGCACGCUACUAUAUUAUGCUGGAAGAACUUAGAUUGGAGGUUUUGCAAUAUGUCGACAUCAACUCAACUCCUGGAGCAAUGAGCACAUUGGGUACAUUGGGCACAACCGACAUGACUCACAUGGCUUCUAUAGCGUCUGAAAGUGAAAACAUCUUCGACGCAUCGAGCCCUUAUUCAACAGUUGGGAGACAAGGACUUAUUGGCAUGCCGAUGGAUAUGAGGACGUGGAUGCAGUUUGAAACUUUGGCUGUCCCGUCCUUCGCCGGUUUCGAGUCCCUGACCGGGAACAUCUGAUACAAGCGCUUCAGCUAUUGUAAUUGUAAGAGGCGAGAUGUACUUGCAUUCAGCCAGCAGUCGGUAGUGUGCCUAUAGUAUAG